AUGGACGGGGAUCGAGAAGCCAUUUUGGCCCAAAUCCGGGGUGGUCAAGUCAAAGUCCCGAACAUGCAAUCGUAUUAUGACCGCUAUCGCCAUGCCAUCAGUCCAUUGCUCAAGGACCUCACUCCAUCCGUGGAUGCUACUCUUGACAAAUACGCGUCUAACGAAAAAGAUCUACGCCGCGCCAAAGCUUCAGCCUUUGACGUAUUUGUCGCGGCCCAAUGGCCGGACCCGGAUCUGGAAAGGCUCGAGUUCUGUGCCAUGUUCACGAUCUGGCUGUUCUUCUGGGAUGAUGUUGUCGACCGUAUAGACGGCUCGGAGCAUCCGGAAGUAGCGAACAGCUUGGAACUUGGUAACAAGUAUCGCGAGGAGUCGUACGAAUACGUCAAAUAUCACCUUGGCUUCCAGACCGAGGGUGACAGCGAGCCACCAUACGAUAACCCAUACUUGGAAUUCUUUGCCAUGGCCGCAAAGAUCCUGACAAAAACUGCCGACAGGGACACGGCAGCUCGCUUCCUGCACGAGACCAACGAGUUUAUCCGCUGUUGCGGGUGGGAGCAAGAGUGUCAACUGGCCGGCAAGAUACUUCCCCUCGACGAUUACGUGAACCUACGAAUGGGCGGCAGUGCCGUGUAUACCUAUUGUGCUUUCGCUCCGUGGAUGAUUGGCGUAUCGCUGCCCAAGGAAAUUCUGGACUCGCCGCAGUUGCGAGCCGUUUGGAUUGAGGUCAACAAGAACAUUUCAUUCUCAAAUGACAUUCUGUCCAUGAAAAAGGAAAUCGCCGAUGGCGAGUUUUUGCAUCUCGUCCCCGUCCUCAUGAAACAGUACAACGUGACCCUGGAAGUUGCAGUCGAGAUGGCCGUGAAAGAAUGGGCCGCGUGUUUUGAUCGAUUCGACAAGGCAGAGGCAGAGCUGCGAAAACUGGCAUCUGGGUUCAGUUCAGCCAUUCAGGAGGAUACGGAAAAGCUUAUCAGCUGUUUCCAGGCUGUCCAGUCGGGUUGUCAGUACUGGCACAAAAAUACGAGUCGGUACGGCGUUGGUCAAGCGAUGCAUACGGAUGGCUCACUGCUUAUUACCAUUUGA